AUGUCGCCCACCGUUAUUGACUUUGCCUAUGGCACGAUCCGCAUUGACCUCACCCAAGGAAAAACGCACGUCUACCGACCCGGAGACAAGGUUUCCGGACGCGUCUGGUUUGAGCCGCAGCGACAAGAAAAGAUCAAAUCAAUCGAGAUCAGCUUCUACGGGAGAUGCUAUGUGGAGAUCUAUAACCCGCGGGAACGCCGUCUCUUACAACGAGUGCCCAAGUCUGAGGAGGUCACGCUAUUCUGUGCCGCGAAGACUCUUAUCCGCACCGAUGUUAUACGAACCACUUCGUUCUGGCCUUUUGAGUUCCAGUUCCCGGAGUAUACUGAUCCUUUGCCCGACUGGUUCAACACGAAACAACGAUAUGGGGCACUGUUUGCUGGCGGCGUUCAUCCGCUUCCACCAUCCUUUAAAACCGACGAGGAAGAAACAGACAACUUCGGAUGUAUCUCAUAUGAGCUGAUUGCCCAUGCCGAGGGCUAUCGCAAACAUCGCAACUAUCGCGACAACUGUCAACUCCGGCUGAAGUUGAAGGAUCCCGUCGAGACGGCAUUGCCACCCUCAGCGCUGGGACCUCACAUUCUCAAGCCAUUGCACACGCAGUUACACCAGCUGGACACAGAACCUCACAUGUUGAAAAAGCUAUGGCGUUUCUGCAUUUGCAAACAGAAGGACCACGGACCUCGAGUCGACAUCACUCCGACAGUUUUCGUGCCUCAUGUAGUCAUACCUGGGCGUGAGAUCUCUCCGUUGUUCUCGCUGGCCCCGAAGUCCAAGCCCGUUAGCCCGAGGCAGCCUGAAUUAGAGUUGGAAUGGCUUGACAUUAAAAUCGUGUCCAAUACGUGGAUCAGGACCCGUUCUCGUAGUUCUCGCAAGGCGCUCUGUGGCGAAAUCGUUGAACCCACGGUGGUCGUCAGCAGACUCUGGCGCAAGCGGACCGGAGCAGCAACCGCGACUUGCCUCAACUACCCAGCGCUGUACUAUCAACGAUCAAUGGGCAGAACCAACCCGAUACAGCGCUGCCGCGAUUUCCUGCUCAUUCGGCGCUACAAAGAUGAGAAGAGCGAAGAUCCGCCCGACACUGUGUACCUUAACCCCAAUCCACUGCCGGUCGACGACACGCGCUUCGCGCUCACAAAUGCCAUCACGCUCGACGACAACCCGCAUUCCGUGUCAGAUUUCCGCUCUUUUCUCGUCGCACGCGACCACGAGCUCCAAAUCCGCGCCUGGUUGCGCUGCGGCAGCCAGCGUUUCAAGCUGCAGUGCAACACGCCGCUGACGAUCCUGCCCAAGGAGGAGCCCCCGGAGCAAAACAUCUCCACGUCAAGUAUCGCGCUCUCGGACGGCCCCCUCUCUGGUGGGCCCCGUUCCCACUCCCACUCCCACUCCCACCCCUACUUCCAUUCCAACGCGCCCACUAUUGAUCUGUCCUCCGAUCCCUCCUCAGCCAUCAUUUCCUCCUCUACUGCGACCUUUACCACCGCAACCGGCUCGUUCGCCACUACCCCCGUCCACGAGGAAUCGUCCUCAGUUUCUUCACUGGGGUCCUCGAGCUGCCCGACUUGCCGACACGCGGAUGCCGAAUCGGCGGCUCGUAUACUGCUGCUGCGAAUGCCGCCGAUUACGGAGUUUAGUUUGGAGAGUAUUGUGGAAGCAUUGAGUCGAAGCCAGAGUAGUGAGAGCGAGGAAUGGAAGAGACAGAGGGAGGAGAGGGAGCGGAAUGGAGGUGGGGUUGAAGGGAUUAGAGAGGAGGACGAGGAGGACGAAGACGGAGACGAGGCCGAGGAAAGGUCAGGAAGAGGGAAGGAGAAGAUGGAGGAUCUCGGACUGGCGGAAAGGGGUAGACGUGCUUUGAGGAAGAGUCGGAGUGCAGCGUAGCGGAGUGAGUGGGUGAGUGAGCGAGUAACUAUUAUUAUGGAUAAAACCAGUGGCU